AUGGAAGCUCAAAAAAGGGGAUCAGCGAAAGGAAAGCGCAAGGCGGAGAGUAAUGUGCAACAAUCAAGAGUUGGCCGAAAUGCAUUUUUUAAUUUCAUGAAAAAAGAACGACUUGAAAUGGGAAAAGGGGCCAAUGCAAAGUUGGAGAGUAAGGUACAAGAAGAGAUUACUAACAAGUGGAGGAAAUUGAACCCUACAGAGAAGGCAACAUAUGGUGCUGCCUUGGAAGGUUCGAGUGGGAAAGUACAAGGUUCGACUGGGCUAGUAGACGACUCAGUGAAUGAGAUGAGUUUUGUCACUAGAUGCAGCCCGGACCGAUUCCAUCGUACGGUGGAAAAAUUGUCGAAUGAGAAGCGGUUAGCAAUUGAUGCUAUUGGGUUCGGUAAUAUGGCAUCAUUGUCCUGCACUCGUUUACACCGCCAACUAUGCCAAUUUUUGAUUCAAAGGUUCAAUCCUGAUACGUCCUCUAUAGAACUGCACGGCAAUGUGUUUGGAAUAGGUGCCGUUGAGUUUGGGCGUGUUAUGGGGCUUAAGAACAUCGGCGAGGAUGUUCAACUGGACUGUGCUGUAGAAGAUGAAAAGGUGAAACAGUUAGUGAAGAGUUUUGGUGGAAAUGGCAAGAGAGUAUUAGUAAAGGGUUUAGCAGAACAAUUGGAAAAGUGCGAACAUGUGGAUGAGGACUUUAAAGUUCGAUUCGUGAUGUUUGCACUUGGCACUAUACUUUGCCCCACAUCUUCACCAUCAGUGAUCGGGAACUAUUUAACUUUCUUGACGAUCCCAGGGAAGAUAGAGACCAAGAACUGGGCCGACCAUGGAUUCAACUUCUUAUGUGAAGGUGUUAGGUCGUUCCAAGCGAAGAAAGUUUCAUAUGUAAAUGGGUCACUGCUUUUUCUCCAACUAUUCUAUUUCGAUUCAAUUCUCCAUGGUGGAGUAUAUGUUGAUAAGUCUUUGGAUCCCAUUGUGUCAUGGGACAAUAAGUCACUGUGGAAAAUGAUUAAAUGGGUUAGAAAGCAAGGUGGGUUUGAUAGUCCUACCGUUCGGGUUGUUUCAAAGCACCAUUCAACGAAUGAAGUGUCCGGAGUCGACGUUGAAAGAAUUGUUGAACAAGUUGCUAUCAGAUUGGUGCCGGUAAUACAGGCGGAGGUGAAGCGAUCAGUGUUGGAACUCACCGAGGUAAUGAGUGAAAUGAGAUCCUUCAUGAAAGACGCAAGACAACAUGUUCAUCCGGCACAUGAAGAUGUCAAUGAAAUUGAGGAUGGGGCAUUGAAAAUACGAGAUCAAGGUGGUGAGAAUGUUGUGAAGAAGGGUGAAGAAUGUAGCCAAUUAAAGGAGAAAGGUGCAGUUGAUGAAAAAAAUCCUUGGACGCCAUUACCGGAUGGACAGAGUUUCAGUGAACCCGAGUUGAAAAUUGGCGUGGAAAAGAGGAAGUUCACAAAAUCGGCCCGUGGUGAUCAUAGUGGCAUUAAAACACGUCGAACGGCCGAAAGGCGUCCAGGGGUUCAUUGUAGAGAGCCAUGGGUUGACCCUUCAAACGCAAAAGGAAAGGCUGUGCAGAAGAUGGCGUCUAAGAUUAAAAUUGGGCCUUUCAAAUUAAAACACGGGGACUUACAAGACUCCGAUUUUGAGUUAUUUAGUUAUAUUUUUAGGUCUAACAACCUUCCAAGUGAUGAAGUUAUAAUUCAAAUUAAAAACGAACAUCAUGUCACGAGAAGGGAGUUCAUGUGCUUGAGGCCCGAAAUGUGGAUAAAUGAUCAAGUACUGAAUGCACAAGUCUAUUAUCUACAAGAAAAGGGGUCGGGGAAUUGGUACUUCCCCACAUAUAUGUCGGAGCAAGUUAAUAAUACAAGUGAUGACCAACUUUUUCAAUUGGGGGUCAAACUUAAGAAGGAAAAUUCAAACCGGUUCACCGUAGGCCUUCACAAGUGCCAGAAGAUUUUCAUUCCCGUUUACGAUCGAAUUGGGAAGCAUUGGUAUUUGGUAGUUGUGCAUAUUGGUGAUAAAAAGGUUGAAAUAUGGGAUAGCCUCCCCGGUGCCAGAUACAAUGCAGGUCGUUAUCAACUAGGGGAACGAAUUAUGAAAGUUCUGGACUACAUGUACAAAGAUGAGAUUGUAAAAUAUUUUGAAAAGGGAUGGCAGUUUGCAAAAUUCAACAUUGUGCGAACUGACAAGGCCCGCAAACAACAAAAUGGAUAUGAUUGUGGUAUCUUCGUUAUGAAUUGGCUAGAAGAUAUUGAAUGCACAUCACACGGUUCAAAUAAAUUUCAACAUGCAACUGAGCGGGUUCGUGUUGCACUAUCAUUGCUGAAGAACCCAAACAACACGUGUCUAAAGGAAGUAAGGGAGUCCGCUCGAAGAGUUGUCGACGAAGAACUUGACAAGUUGGCUGAACAACAUGGUCCCUUCAUCCCUCAUCAUCCCAUCGCAAGGAAGCCAAUGACACGCUCCCAGGCAAAGUAG